GCCUCCUCCCCCGCCUGUCCAGGGGCGGCACUGCGGGCUGGGAAGCCGGGACCAGAGGAGGGAAGGAAGGAAGGAAGGAAGGAAGGAAAGAAGAGAAAAGAAGAGAAGAGGAGGAAGGAAGGAAGGAAGGAAGGAGAGAGAGAAAGAGAAAGGAGGGAUCCGGAGGGGAAGAAGAGACGCAGGGCAGAAAGAAGAGAGGACCACACUCGCCCAGCAGCAUCCACAGGCCAGACUGGGGACAGGGCUGCUCCCACCGCUCCUCGGAUGGUGACGGGGCCUCGCCGCGGACGCAGUCCCCCCGAGCCCCGGCUCUGCAGGCCCUCACUGCCGGAGCCCCGCAGGAAUCAUGCCCAGGUCCUUCCUGGUUAAGAAGGUCAAACUUGACACAUUCUCUUCGGCAGACCUCGACAGCUCCUACGGGCGCGCCCGCAGCGAUCUCGGAGUGCGACUGCAAGAUAAAGGAUACCUCAGUGACUACGUGGGGCCUGCGUCGGUCUACGAUGGCGACGCCGAGGCGGCGCUGCUCAAAGGGCCAUCCCCGGAGCCUAUGUACGCUGCGGCCGUGCGCGGAGAGCUGGGUCCCGCGGCCUCCGGCUCGGCGCCUCCGCCCACCCCGCGGCCGGAGCUGGCGACCGCCGCCGGCGGCUACAUCAACGGCGACGCGGCGGUCAGCGAGGGCUACGCGGCCGACGCCUUCUUCAUCACCGACGGCCGUUCUCGCCGCAAGGCCGCCAACGCCAACGCGGCCGCGGCCCCCUCCACGGCCUCGGGGGCGGCCCCCGACGGCGACGCCGGAGGCGGGGGCGGCCGCCACAAGCAGACGCACCGCAGCCUGGACAGCCAGCUGGCAAGGCGUUGCCCGACGUGCGGCAAGGUGUACGUGUCCAUGCCGGCCAUGGCGAUGCACCUGCUCACGCACGACCUGCGCCACAAGUGCGGCGUGUGCGGCAAGGCCUUCUCCAGGCCCUGGCUGCUGCAGGGCCACAUGCGCUCGCACACGGGCGAGAAACCCUUCGGCUGCGCGCACUGCGGCAAGGCCUUCGCCGACCGCUCCAACCUGCGCGCGCACAUGCAGACGCACUCGGCCUUCAAGCACUUCCAGUGCAAGCGCUGCAAGAAGAGCUUCGCGCUCAAGUCUUAUCUCAACAAGCACUACGAGUCAGCCUGCUUCAAGGGCGGCGCCGGCGGCCCUGCGACCCCCGCGCCGCCGCAGCUCAGCCCGGUUCAAGCCUAGGGUGGGCGGGGCCUCCGCCGGCCAGGUCGGCUCUCAGCAAUACGGGGCCCCCCCCCCCCCCCCUCCCCC